GUGAGACUAACGCGCGCUUACGGGUCCGCCUGGUAACACUUACCAUUGGGGCCCUGUUCGAGAAAAGAGGCGGACAGAGUAUAGUCGUGAGUUGCGUCUUGCACAAAGCACAGUCCCGCCAGAGACGUUGAUCCGCCAAGCUGGAAUCGUACGCGAGUCCUCCACUCUCCCCGACGACGCAUUGGUCCUUCGGCCUCGAUCCAGUGCGUAUGGUUUCGUUUGAGGGCAUGGAUGGUGAUCUUCGACGGCUGAAGCAGGAUGAUCAGCAAUUCCAUUACGCCACGCAACCGGGGAUGCCCCGUCGCUCCGCCCCUCGGUCAUUCGGCAGUACUAGCAGUACAGGAGAUCGGUUCAGACAGGCCGGAUACCCUCCAACACGUGUAGACCCAUCGCAGGCCGCAGGAAGACAACGAAUACCUGCUACCUACAUGGACUAUGGAUACACAGACAACACUUUUCAGGGCGGUGCUUUGCAGGACGAAUUGCAACCGUAUACGCCAGCGUUGCGUGACCACCAGGAACGCCAGCAGCAACCCUUUCCUACCUACGAGUCCGAGUUGGUAUACAGCCUCGGGCAGCAGAACCCAACGCAAACCCCGUACGAGGUCGUGCCACCAUACCCGUCACGGCAGUCUGCAGCCCUGGAUUCACUCUCCGGUCAAUUUGCCGUUCCACAGUAUUUCACUCCCAAUGAACCGUCAGGCGCUGGGCUCCCAUCGACUUACCUGGCAACGGGACUUUCUCUGUCCCCAUAUAAUCAGCUGGGGCCCAUUGGACGCUCAAGCGCAACACACUCCUUUUCGGCAAACAUGGCGGACAUGACCCCCGUGCGGGCUACGGGACAGCAACAACCGUCAUCACACUCGCAACCACAAACAUUAUUGUCAGAAGUGUCCUCUGCAACGGAGCCGUUGCGGCAAUUCCAGCGAGCAUUACGAGGGACAGUCGAUCACACCCAUGCCGGCCGGUUGGUAGAUGCUAGUCGAUCAUUGCUUGACAUCUCCGAGUGGCUCAUGUUUAGUGCGCGGGAGCUUGGUAUUCUUCGCGAUGACCAGAUGCUCCACUCGGAUCGUCUGAAAUUAUGGAAUGAUUUCAAUAACUGUUGGUUAGCGAUGUUCCAAAAGCAGAUAGACAUGACGCAAGAACUGCUUCAGACAGGUCGUCAUUCAUCUCGUAUCCUUACAAUCGACGCCAUGGAGACUCUGGGGAGAGAACUCAUACGAAUUUGCGACCAAAUGGAGCCGCAUGGCUUGGUUGAUUAUGAGAUGGGCAUAUGGGAAGAAGAAAUUCUCUCUGUCCUCCGUCAAUGUUUAACCCUCAUUGAGAAUCGACCCGAACUCGCGCGCAACCGUGCCGCCGCAACCUCGCACGCAUGAGGGUUUUUUUUUUUUU